CUGGCCGCAUGGAGAGCGGCGGGGAGGCGCUGCCCGCCGACCUGCGGGACCUGGCCACCAAGGUGGGGCGGCGGCCGCCCGCCGGGCUGCUGCGGGGGCUGCGGGCAGACACAGCCCCCGCGCCGCCGCCACCGCCCGCACCGGCCCGCGGCGCCCGCCUGCCGCUCGCCGAACGCCUCCGGGCGCUCCGCCUCGACAUGGCCUACCUGCGAGCGGUCGAUGUGAAGAUCCUGCAGCAGCUGGUGGUGGUGAAUGAGGGCAUCGAGGCGGUGAAGUGGCUGCUGGAGGAGCGGAGCACGCUCACCAGCCGCUGCAGCAGCCUGGCCAGCAGCCAGUACAGCCUGGUGGAGAGCCAGGCAGCCUCACGGCGGGGCAGCUGGGACAGCCUGCAGGACCCCAAUGACCCGCUGGACAGCAUCUCCGUUGGUAGCUACCUGGACACUUUGGCUGAUGAUAUGGAUGAGUAUUCCCAAAACGCAGCCGAAACCGCCACUGCAUCCGCAUCGGGCAGAGCCCUGGUCAGGGCGGAGCAGGAUUGGGUCAGGAUUGACCCCGAGAGGGGUCUGGCAAAACAAGAGAAGGGCAAAGCAGAGCACGAGUGGCCCCACGUGGACAUCUCCUCAGCCCGGCUGCCCCAGGAUCACCGGUUUGCAAAGGAGCCCCAGGUGGCCAACGGGCAUUUGGGCCAGCAGCUCUCCUCUGUGGAACCAGGCAGAGACACCAAAGUGCCCUCAGGCGCUGGGGAGAGGCUGGGGAAGGGGAACCUGGAUGGGAAGGCUCGGAAAGCCGAGGGUGACUUCGAGAACUGCAAACUCAACAGCAAACUGCACUUGGAGUAUGAUGCCCACUGGCGCUGGCUCCAGUCUCAGGAUGAUGUGACGUUCUUGUAGCCCAUGGCUUCGCCCUUACCACGCCAGCUCUCCCAACUGCUCGCUCUGCUUCACUUGUCUCUGCUUGGGAGAGCUGGGGUGGCUGGAGAAGGGAGGACAGGCUGGCUUGGUGGUGCUGCACUGUUCCUCUAACCCCCUGUCAGUGUUCGGUGAUGCAGCCCUAAGGGAUGGGGUGCUGGCCCUGCAGCAGCUUUAUGGGAGAGGGGGGAUGAGGUGGGUCCCCAUAAACUUAAUCGUUUGCCCUGGGGUGGUGCUUGCAGGUGGCUGGUCACUCCUCUGUUGUCCUUCACGCUGGUGGCAGGGAAGGGUUGGUGGGAAAACCUGGUGCGGUGGGACAUCUCCCCUCUAAUCCUCAGCCUUCUAUCUGCAAACACUGGGGACCCUUCCUGUAAACCGGCUGCCCAGAGAGGACAGGAGAUGCUCCCACACAUCCAUGGUGGCACCAGCAUGCUCAGUGUGAGGUGUGGGGCAAGGCCAGCAGCAGGUUAUCCCUGUUGGAUGUGCUCAUUUCCAUCAUUGUCUUCAAGGUCAGUGUCCAUCCAGGGUAGAGUUGACCCGGGGCAC